AUCCUGACGUCUUCUCGGAGCACAAAGUGAAAACGCAUCUCGGUGGGAUCCCGCUUCGUCCUCCUCACACGUUACAAAGCCCACACGGAUUCACAAGGACACACUUUAACCGCAUCUGACGCUUUUCAGAGACGUUUUUAGAAUUUUAUUUCCUUGAUUUUUUUUAUUUUUUUUAUUUGGACGUGAAAUCUCUUUUUGUCCGCGGGAUACCGAUGGCCACCACCACCACCGUCCCCAGCAUCAGCACCAACACCAACACCACCGGAGGGCCGUCGGGCCAGCCAGGACGGCCGGGAUUCAACCAGCACACCUAGCAGGUCGCUCCACUGCUUCGGAGACCCACACCAGACCGCCCGAGCUGCCUUAACUGACCUUUGACCUUUGACUAGAGCAACAGGACCCGUCAUCGCCAUCCCGCCUCCUCAUCAUGACGCAGCAGAGGGUCGACUGAUUCAAACCGAGAGAUCUGAAAGAUGACCGAGAGCAGGAGGAGGAGGGAGCCGAGAGACGCCGAACGGCAAGAAAAUUAGGACAAAAAGGAUGUGAAUGUGGCACCGACACUGACCUUUGUCCCCCCUCCCCCCCAUGUGCUGUUCAUUAACCCACACUGUAACGUCCCACACUAUAACAAUCUCAACAUUUCAACCUGACGUCAGAAAACCAAAAAAAACCGUCCGGCUUCAUAGGAACCAACAAUGUAGAGGAAGACAGCAGCGACGAUUGUUGAUUCAUAAGCUGUUACACUGAACUACGAAACACCGUCACACCGAUUGUCUCUUGCCGACGAAAUCUGGAGCUGAAACGGUUUCAACGGCAACUAAACUAAACUAAGAUUGUGUUACAGAUAAAGACAACCAAAUCCCAGCCACGACAAGAUUGUACAACUAAACAAAACUGUCUGGAGAUAUGUAUAUUAUAUACACGUUGGAAUAAAACUUGAAAAACGUACAAGGUGGGAGAACAAACUGAUCUACGGUUUGCACAGAAAAACACAUUUUGGACGUUUCGGGAAUCGAAGCAGAGUGAGACUCCAUGAUGACGCACCUGCACGCUGGCCUGAGCGCCGAGACGACGGAGAAGGCUCGCUUAGAGCUCAACGAAAACCCCGACACUCUGCAUCAGGACAUCCAGCAGGUGCGAGACAUGAUCGUGACGCGGCCGGACAUCGGUUUCCUGCGGACGGACGACGACUUCAUCCUGCGUUUCCUGAGAGCCCGGAAGUUCAACCAGAUGGAAACCUUCAGGCUGCUGGCCCAGUACUUCCAGUUCAGACAGCAGAACCUCGACAUGUUCCAGAGCUUCAAGGUGGACGACCCGGGGAUUAAGCGGGCGCUGAUGGACGGUUUCCCCGGCGUGCUGGAGACUCCGGACCAACAUGGGCGAAAAAUCCUCAUCCUGUUCGCCUCCAACUGGGACCAGAGCAGGAACUCGUUCACGGACAUCCUGCGGGCGAUCCUUCUCUCUCUGGAGGUUUUGAUCGAGAACCCGGAGCUCCAGAUCAACGGUUUCAUCCUCAUCAUCGACUGGAGCAACUUCUCCUUCAAACAGGCGUCCAAGCUCACGCCCAACAUCCUCAAACUGGCCAUCGAGGGCCUUCAGGACAGUUUCCCCGCUCGGUUCGGAGGAAUCCACUUUGUGAAUCAGCCGUGGUACAUCCACGCCAUGUUCACCAUCAUCAAACCCUUCCUCAAAGACAAGACCAGGAAGAGGAUCUUCCUCCACGGUAACAACCUGAACUCGCUCCACCAGCUGCUCCAGCCCGAGUGUUUGCCGUCGGAGUUCGGCGGGACUCUGCCGCCGUACGACAUGGGCAUCUGGGCCCGAACGCUGCUGGGCCCCGACUACAGCGACGAGACGGAGUACACGCUGACGUACGACGCGCUGCACGUCAGGGAGAACUGCGGAGGAGGAGGAGGAGACAGGGAGACGAUGAAGAGGUCUCAGUCGGUGGUGGAACCAGGAACUCUCCGACAAACAGACAGAGAGACCAGCACACCACUACUGGCCCUGGACUGAACACACACACACACACACACACACACACACACACACACACACACACACACACAGACACACACACACACACAUACAGACACAUACAUACAGACACACACACACACACACACACACACACAGACAUAUACACACACACACACACACACACAC